AUGGCAUCUGCAUUCUUCACAAUACUGUUUACGCUUCUGGUUAUGGAAGUCCUCGUUGGAAUGAUAGCCAAUGGGUUUAUUCUCCUCAUCAAUUGCAUCGACUGGUUCAGAAGUAGGAAAUUAUCCCCAGUUGACUUGAUCCUGAGCUGUCUUGGCUUGUCCAGACUUGCAUGGCAGGCAAUAGGCUUACUGGAUGCAACUCUGUUUUUCUUUUUUCUGGGCACCUAUCUAUCCAGUUCCAUGCAGUUAAUGUUUCCUAUCUUGUUUAUGUUUAUGAACACAGUCAAUAUUUGGUUUGCCACCUGGCUGAGUGUUCUGUAUUUUGUCAAGAUCACCAUUUUCUCCCACCCAGUUAUCCUUCGGGUGAAGCAGAGAUUCUCCAGGUUGGUCCCAUGGCUGCUUCUGGGCUCAUUUGUCUUUUCUGCUGUUUUUACUACGAUUAUUAUCACAGGCUUGAACUAUGACGCUAGGAGUUGCCAUCGCUACAAAUCACUUCUAAGCAACAGCAAUGAUUCACAAAUUAAAACACCUCCCUUCUGUUGGUACUUUACCAUUCUAGCUACUGCUCCCCAUUUCAUUGCAAUCUUGAUAUUUGCGUCAUCCACCAUCUUGUUAAUAGUCUCUCUGUGGAAACACACAAGGAGUGUGCAAUGCAAUGGAGUUGGCCCCAGAGAUCUCAGCACUCAAGUUCAUUUGACUGCCAUCAAAGCUCUGGCUUCCUUCCUUAUUCUGUACCUGUCCUGUUUUAUAGCGAUCAUUUUGCAGUCACUAAUCACCUGGCGGAAGAAUCACACUUGGACUUCUGUGCUUUAUCAUAACGUGACUGCGGCAUAUCCUUCUGGACAUGCCAUUAUCCUGAUAUUAAUUAACCCAAGACUGAAACAGGCAUGGGUCAGAAUGCUACAGCAUUUAAACUGUUUGAGAGACUUAGGCUGGUUUCACACUGUGAAAUUGACACGAUUGUAUCGCAUUCAGAAAAAAUCCACUAAAGUUUGCACCAUUUCUGGGCAAUCAGAGAGCUGCUGCUGA